ACCCUCGGCCUCCCCGGCGCGGCGCACUCCCCGCUGGCCGCAGCCUGACACGCCUCGCGGCCCCCUGUCUCCCCGGCCGCCUGCCCUAGGCAUGGCACAGGGCCUCGCCUCACUAUGGCAGCAGCACGGCACAGCACCCUCGACUUCAUGCUCGGCGCCAAAGCUGAUGGUGAGACCAUUCUGAAAGGCCUCCAGUCCAUUUUCCAGGAGCAGGGGAUGACGGAGUCGGUGCACACCUGGCAGGACCAUGGCUAUUUAGCGACCUACAUAAACAAAAAUGGCAGCUUUGCCAAUUUGAGAAUUUACCCACAUGGACUGGUGUUGCUGGACCUUCAGAGUUAUGACGGGGAUGCGCAAGGCAAAGAAGUUGACAGUCUUUUGAACAAAGUAGAAGAAAGAAUGAAAGAAUUGAGUCAGGACAGUACUGAGCGGGUGAAGCGCUUACCACCCAUAGUUCGAGGAGGGGCCAUUGACAGAUACUGGCCCACUGCUGAUGGCCGUCUGGUUGAGUACGACAUAGAUGAAGUGGUGUAUGAUGAAGACUCACCUUACCAGAACAUUAAAAUUUUACACUCGAAACAAUUUGGAAACAUUCUCAUCCUUAGUGGGGAUGUUAAUUUGGCAGAAAGUGACUUGGCGUAUACCCGGGCCAUCAUGGGCAGUGGCAAGGAAGAUUACACCGGCAAAGAUGUACUCAUUCUGGGAGGUGGAGAUGGGGGCAUAUUAUGUGAAAUAGUCAAACUGAAACCAAAGAUGGUCACUAUGGUAGAGAUUGACCAAAUGGUGAUUGACGGAUGUAAGAAAUACAUGCGAAAAACAUGUGGCGAUGUCUUAGACAAUCUUAAAGGAGACUGCUAUCAGGUUCUAAUAGAAGACUGUAUUCCAGUCCUGAAGAGGUACGCCAAAGAAGGGAGAGAGUUUGAUUAUGUGAUUAAUGAUUUGACAGCUGUUCCAAUCUCCACAUCUCCAGAAGAAGAUUCCACAUGGGAGUUUCUCAGACUGAUUCUUGACCUCUCAAUGAAAGUAUUGAAACAGAAUGGGAAAUAUUUUACACAGGGGAACUGUGUCAAUUUGACGGAAGCCCUGUCACUCUAUGAAGAACAGCUGGGGCGCCUGUAUUGUCCUGUGGAAUUCUCGAAGGAGAUUGUCUGUGUCCCUUCAUACUUGGAAUUGUGGGUAUUUUACACUGUUUGGAAGAAAGCUAAACCUUGAAAAUCAAUUUCCCCUAAUCGUGUGUGCUGCAAAUAGCCUUCCUGACCCUUCAUAUGUGACAUCGAAACGAGUCAGGCAAUUGAUUAUGAAUUCCUUCAAGUUUCUUUUUUAAUUAUUUUUUUAAUUUAAAAAUCAAAUGGAAAAUGUAUAUUUUGAUGAACUAGGGUGUUAUUUUUUUGAAAGUCAGCUGAAGGAUGAUUAGACAGCACAGUGAAGGCUGCUAAAUGCACUGAACCCCUAGAAUGUGAUUUUUGUUAUUUUUUUUCUGUGUGGGCUUUUUUUGUUUUGGUAGACUUUGAAUUGGGUUGUUUGGAGGGAUAAACAUUGUUUUCUUCUGGAGGGAAGUUCUUGAUGGAGUUUCUCCCCCCCCCCCCAAAUUGAUACAGAUAUUAAAAUCUGGUGCUUAUAAGAAAAGACUUAAAAAAAUGAAUAGCAAUGCUUCGAUUAAAAUUAAAAUGAGAAA